ACUGGCCUUUUAUCUGGGGAGCUGCCACAGUGUUUAGAGGCAGAGAGACGUCUGGUGGAGUCAUAACAACAACACCAUCUAAAAAAGUACAUCUAGUGAAAAAAUAACUGCUUCAUCAUGGCAUCCGCUCUCACUCUCAAUACUGGAGCACAAAUGCCUAUUUUAGGUCUGGGGACAUGGAAGUCCUCCCCAGGAGAGGUCACAGAAGCCGUAAAGGUGGCCAUCCAGGCUGGUUACCGUCACAUUGAUGGGGCUCCUGUCUAUCAGAAUGAGGAAGAGGUUGGGGCCGGCGUCCGUGCCAUGAUUGACCAAGGAGUGGUAAAAAGAGAGGAACUUUUCAUCGUCAGCAAGCUAUGGAGCACGUUCCAUGAGAGAUCUCUGGUUAGAGGAGCCUGUGAGAAAACCCUGAGUGACCUAAAGCUGGACUAUCUGGAUCUCUACCUGAUGCAUAACCCUAUGGGCUUUAAGCCUGGAGAAUCUUUUCUUCCUCUUGAUGCUGAGGGCAAAGCCAUUCCAGAUAACAGCACCUUUCUGGAGACAUGGGAGGAAAUGGAGAAGCUGGUGGACGCUGGGCUGGCCAAGGCCAUCGGCAUCUCCAACUUCAACCGAAGCCAGAUUGAAGCCAUCCUGAACAAGCCAGGCCUCAAGUACAAACCUGCCAACCACCAGAUUGAGUGCCAUCCCUACCUGACGCAGGAGAAGAUGAUCAACUUCUGUCACUCUAAGGGCAUCACAGUGACUGCGUACAGCCCUCUGGGGGCCCCUGACAGACCAUGGGCAAAGUCAGGUGAUCCGUCCCUCCUGGAGGACCCAAAGAUCAGAGCCAUCGCUGAUAAAUAUAAGAAAACAGCAGCGCAGAUCCUAAUCCAGUUCCACAUUGAUAGGAAUGUUGCAGUUGUUCCCAAAUCUGUCAAUCCGGAAAGAAUCAAAGAAGAUUUCCAGGUCUUUGAUUUUAAGAUGAGUAAAGAAGAUAUGAACACCAUUAUGAGCUUCAACAGGAACUGGAAAAUAAUUCCAAUGGAUUGGGCUUCUAACCACAAGGACUACCCACUGAACGCAGAGUACUGAGCUCCUCGCCUGCCCGGCCUGAACUGAAGUCAAGCCCAAACAAUUCAUAAACCAGGAAAUCAGUUGAUUUUAUUAAUCACUCAUUCCUGAAACUGUCAUUUCUUAACAAAGACUGAACCAAGUCUCUGUGUGAAACGUCUCUCAGUGUUUUGUGUCUGUAAGCGAGCGUCUUCUCUUAAUAGUAUAAAACUAUUUUCUCAAAUAUUUCUUGAUUCUACAUGGAAGCACUGCAUUUACUGAGCAAAUCAAACAACACAUAUUUUUUUAAGAAUGCAACUACUUUUAAAUGUUUGCAGCCACUGAAAUUCCAUCUCAAACAUUACCCCAAAAAAUGUUUCCACAUUAACGCUACAUAUUCAAUUUAAUAUAAAACCAGUCAUUUUUGCUCAAAUAUAAUAUGGCAAUAUGUAAAUGCAGUUAAGUGACAAUGAAGAGUGACAGCAUUUCAGCUUUCAGAGCAGCAAAGACUGAAAGCUGGUAAGUUUAGCUUUUGUUCAGCACUGGUCAGUUGUUGUCGGCUCCCCACUGAACUGGUCAACCUGCUCUAUUAAGGACAGAAUACAGUCUCGUUACAGAUAAUAUAGACCAGUUGAAAAGAGUUAACGGUAACCAGAAGGUGGGACGGUUGAGGUGGGAUACCCACUUUAACCAUUGCCCCACCCAAAAUGCUCAUAUUUUUUCAAUGUUAAAGUUUUAUGAUUGAAUAAGCCAAAAACACAAAUUAACUACACACAAAUAAUAAAACGUAUGUUUCUAACACCGAAUUGAGUCUCAUGGCCAGCGGCCCUGCUGAAUAGUUAACAGACUCUGUUGUAUUUGCUGUGACAUAUUUAGUUUUGUAGCUGCAAUACUACGUUUUCAUCACUGGAGUGCGACAUUAAUAUUUUUGUUAGUGUGAUUAAUAGAAAAAAAAGUAACUAAAAUUUUCUACAUGAUAUAAUUAGACUCUCAGAAAAUACCUGUUCUCGAUUUCAAGUCUUGUAAUAUUUAGUAAGCCCUUACACUGGAACCUUUAAAAAGUCAUGUUUUGUUUUAUUUUGCACUUUAAUGUUUUAUAUUAUAUUAAAUCUAGUCUUUUGGUCAAAUAAGACCACUUAUGUUUUACAAAACCAAUAGAAAAUUUAGUUCUGAAUAAAAAUACGAAAAUUAUCCAAACGA